GACUUAUAGCUGAGAAGCGAACGUAUCUUCCGUGUGUGUGAGCGCUGCGCAGCUGGGUGCUGACUUAUAGCUGAGAACGUAUCUUCCGUGUGUGUGUGCCGGGCACACCGGCAGGCAGAGCAGGGACCAGCCUGUCCAGGGCUCUGAGCGGAGUCCGCUGUGCGCAGCACACAAAGCGCCCCGUACCGGGAGCUGAACCCCGCACCGAUCCCAGCAGAGCCCUCAGUGAAGUCCUUCCCCGUGACCGGCUCUCCUCCCCUGGCCUUGAGCUGCUCUGCCGGAGCUCUCGUGAGCCCGGCACCCAGGAGCCAGACCGGGCCUGCCAGCACCUGCGAGCAGGCUUUUACACAGCAGAGCUUUGCAGCCCUAAAGGUCCCUGUUAACAUCUCUGUCUGUCCUCCAAAACACCGAAACCAGGGGCAACAUCAUCCCUGAGCCACAGGCAUUCCCUGUGCACCUGUGAGCCUGGGGAAACAAGCGUCGGGCAGACGCUUCGGGCAGAGGGCGGAUUGGAGCAAGGCUCGGCUCUGCUCGCUCCGUGCGGGGCUGCCCGAGAGGCGGCGGCAGCAGCAGCAGCUCCGUGUGCGGUCGCACCGCCGGAGGAGGUGACUCUUGUCUCGGUGGGGGCACCGGAGCGCUCUCUGCGUUCCGAGAGACCGUGAGAAAAGCGGAGAGCGUCGGCAGCGGCGGGGCGGUGCCGGGGCAGAGCGCGGGCGGGCCCGGGGCGGAGCGCCCCAGAGCCGCCCGCGGCCCCGCUGAGCCCCUUCCUUCACAACCAUCUCCCUAAUAGCAGCCCCUCAAGCCAUGGCCUCCAAGAGAGCGUUGGUGAUUCUGGCUAAAGGGGCAGAGGAGAUGGAAACUGUAAUCCCCACUGAUGUUAUGAGAAGAGCUGGGAUCAAGGUGACUGUUGCAGGCCUAACAGGAAAAGAACCAGUGCAGUGCAGUCGAGAUGUCUUCAUUUGUCCUGAUGCCAGUCUUGAAGAUGCCAGAAAAGAGGGGCCUUAUGAUGUUGUGGUCCUGCCUGGAGGGAACCUUGGGGCUCAAAACUUGUCUGAGUCUGCUGCUGUGAAAGACAUUUUGAAGGACCAGGAAAGCAGAAAAGGCCUGAUUGCUGCAAUAUGUGCAGGUCCUACAGCCCUUCUGGCCCAUGGGAUUGGGUAUGGAAGCAAAGUCACGACACAUCCUUUGGCCAAAGACAAAAUGAUGAAUGGAGCACACUACUCCUACUCGGAGAGCCGCGUGGAGAAGGACGGGAACAUCCUCACCAGCCGUGGGCCUGGCACCAGCUUUGAGUUUGGCUUGGCCAUUGUGGAAACACUGCUGGGCAAGGAAGUGGCUGAACAGGUGAAGGCACCUCUAAUACUGAAAGAUUGAAAUCCUGGUGUGGGAUAGGCACUAGGACAAAUUUAGAUAGAGAGUCUUAUCCUUUGUAGAAUAACUGUAAUGUGCACUGUUGUAAAUACACUUUAAUUGUGGGUGAAAUUAGUAACUGUACUUACCUGAACUGGGAUACCUUAACAAACCAAAGGUCUUCAUUUCUGGAAAAAGAUCCUGUUAGCAAAAAGCUUCAUCACAAAGAAGAAGCCAGCAUCUAAAAAUCCUAGUUAGUUCUUGGAUGGCAUUUAAAAAUCACAUGGAAAAAUGUUUGCUGAGUAAAUAAAAAUGGAGCAUCCCUA